AUAAUAAAUAAGACUCUGAAUCAAUAAACUCUUUACUCUUUCUUCUUGCCCCCCUCCAUCUUCCACUAUUGGAAUCAUCAGCAUACUAAAAAAACUCAUGUCUAUCAUGAAUGAUCAAAGAACCAUAGCUACCACCAGCAGGGAUGAAGAGCAAGAACCUGAAGAUGAUCAUAUCAGAGACAUCCAUGCUCUAACCCCACCAAGGCCACCCUCAGCCAACCGCAGUAGGCCUUGGGAAACAAAUAGCCAUAGAUCAUCAUCUUUGUCCAUGGCUAGUGAAGGUGCUUCAAGUGAAAAUUUUUCAAGUAUGAGUAGAGAAUUUAAUGCUUUGGUGCUUGCAGGAUCAACCAUAGCCAACAAUGGUAGUGAAGUCGAUGGCACGGUCAAUUCUAGCAACAACAACUUGGGUAGGAUCGGAGAGGAGGAAAUUCCUGAAGAAACCAACCCUUUAGCUAUUGUGCCUGAUCCUCAUCCACUGGGCCCUUUAACGUCAUCUCCUAGGCGUGAAGGUGCCAGUGAAAGUCUGGCACAUGGUAAUCAUAGAGAGGUAUCAAUCCAGAGAGUGAAGAAAGAAGAGGUUGAAUCAAAGAUAAAUGCAUGGCAGACUGCUAAAGUUGCUAAGGUUAACAAUAGGUUUAAGAGGGAAGACGCUGUUAUCUCUGGUUGGGAGACUGAGCAGGUCCAAAAGGCAAAUUCAUGGAUGAAGAAAGUUGAGAGGAAGCUGGAGGAGAAAAGAGCAAAAGCCCUUGAAAAGAUGGAGAAUGACAUAGCGAAAGCCCGCAGAAAAGCAGAGGAAAGAAGGGCAUCAGCAGAGGGCAAGAGAGGAACAAAAGUAGCCAAGAUUCUUGAAGUAGCAAACUUGAUGAGAGCUGUUGGUAGAGCUCCUGUCAAGCGAUCCUUCUUUUAAGACCAGAUAUACAACAUAUACCGUCAGAAAAUAUAUAUCUGUACUACAAUCUGCGGAGGAAUAAGCACAUCAUCCAUCAGGAUUUCCUACUUUUUGAACCAUAGGUAAACCUGAAUGAAGUGUGGCAUCCAAGAGUUGCUUCAAACUAUGAAACAGCUAAAUGUAUUGUAGUUUGUGCUUUGUGAUGGUUUUGCCACAUUCUGAUUUGAGAAUAUUCAGGAUUUACCCAUAACAAAUCAGAGUGGCUAAAAGUUAUAGUCAUCUAUGGAUUGUUAAUUUGAUAUUGAUCUUCAGUGGCACUUGCCAGGGAAGAUGCAUAAGAUCAAAUGGCAAUCUAGCCUUGUUAAGUGUGCAAUACCAUUCCCAGAGAGUUUGUGAGUGAGAAUUUUGAACAAUCUUGUACAGAUUUUGGACAUCUAUAUAUGUUAUUAGAUAAGAAAUUCAAAGUCUUCAAUCUGA